CAUGCGCAUUCGAAUAAUUCUUAGCGUGAUUGACGCUUCCACUAGUUUAGCUCUUCCAUUUCGAAUUCCACAGUCAUGCCUCGUGUUAUGGUUAAAGGUGGUGUUUGGCGCAACACAGAAGAUGAGAUUUUAAAGGCAGCAGUAAUGAAGUACGGCAAGAAUCAGUGGGCCCGUAUAGCGUCCCUUUUGCACAGAAAGUCUGCAAAGCAGUGCAAGGCUCGCUGGUAUGAGUGGCUCGAUCCAAGCAUUAAGAAAACGGAAUGGAGUCGUGAGGAAGAGGAAAAGCUGCUACAUCUUGCAAAAUUGAUGCCAACUCAGUGGAGGACAAUUGCACCAAUCAUUGGCAGAACUGCAGCUCAAUGUCUUGAACACUAUGAAUACCUUUUAGAUCAAGCUCAGAGGAAGGAAGGUGAAGAGCAUAGUGAGGAUCCUCGUAGACUUCGACCAGGUGAGAUUGAUCCAACACCAGAGACUAAACCAGCAAGACCUGAUCCUAUUGACAUGGAUGAAGAUGAGAAAGAGAUGUUGUCUGAGGCUCGAGCUCGAUUAGCUAACACACAAGGCAAGAAAGCGAAACGUAAAGCACGUGAAAAACAGAUGGAAGAAGCCAGGUACUGUUUCAAUAAUGUUUAUUUUACUAUAUUUUUGUAAAGCAAUGGAUGAGCCGAUGCCUUGGUGCACAAUCAGCUGGGCAUUCAAAAAAGGUCAGUAGGACAAAGACAUGGGGCGGAUUUUCAUCUACUUCUACUGCACAUGUGCAUCAAGAAAUCUCUCCUAACUCGAGAACAAGGCUUUCUUUUGGCAAAUCUGUGAAAGAGAACAUUACUUCUUAAUCCAAGAAAACAUCCUUUCUUACCCGUUACGGCGUAGAAGCCCACAUUUGUCGUUAAAAAUCCACUAUGCAAGUAGAUGCAGUGGUAACACAUGUGCAAUGAGAAAUCACCCGUAACUCAAGAACAAAGCUUUAUCUUGCAAGUCCAUGAGUCAAAAUCUAACAAAACAUCACGUCUUUCUUGUAGA